AGCAGCGAAAGCGAAGAACAAAUUUGCGAACUGAAAAUUUGAGAUAUGAGGACAUCAAAGGAACAAAUAAUUAUCCUGAUAACGUAUUACGUACUAGAGCUAGUGACAUGAAAAGGACCGAUAUAGAAACCGUAUGGACCGACGAUUUGAGGAAAUCAACGGCGCCAUUUAAACAGCCAGACUCAUACACUACUUCAGCGGUCAUGUUCAAACACUGAAAAAAUUACAGAGAUUUCUAAUGAAUUUUAGAGAAAUUAAUGAUAAAUCAAAGAAAAUAUAAGUUCCAAACAUAUGUUAUCCAUUAAUAUCAGUAUUAAUAUAUUUAUUGUAGAUAAAUCAUACUUUGUCGACAGUAGUUGAACAGCAACUCUGUGGUAUAAGCAUACCAUGUCUUUCCCAAUCAUCGUGCGAUCGAAUUCCACAGCAUUUCAACUAGGAUAAAUUAUUUUUUCUUAAUUAUUUAUUUCAAUCUUAAAUUAAUAUCAAACUAACGUAUCUGUGUGUAUUAUCCCAAGCCUCCGCAACCCAAUCCAAAUAACGAUAAUUUUCAAUUGAAUUAGCCAUAUCCUCGUGAAUACUUCUCGUAAGUUUAUCGAAUAAAGAAAAACUCAAAAUGGAGCAGACAAAGAUCAAAAACAGGAAUAGCGCAUGGAAUAUUAUGUACUAUAAUACGAGGAUUACAUUUUUCUAUAAAUAUUUUGUUAAGGUUUUUUUUUUUUUUUUAGUUUUAAUCAAUCAUCGGAUUAACAUACGAUUAUCAAGAAAUUUUGUUUUCUUUUGAGAAAACCUAAUAUGCCGAUAAUUGCUAGAAUAGAAGCGAAUAUUCCUAUUAUGAGCAAUGUUGUUAUGUAUAUACGUUGUCCAAUUAAUCUAGACAUCAUUUUAUUAUCGGCCAGCAUCCAAAUUGAAAUGAUCACAGCGCUUAUACCAGCAAGCUUCAAAAAGAAAUUCAUAUUAAUAUUUACAAUUGUAUUUUUUUUUUUUUUUUUUCUUUUCAGAGGAUCAUUUUAUAGAAACUUACAAAGGUAACACUGUUGAGACUCAAAAAAGAAAACUUCACACAAUUUUUUGGAAGUCGUUUGUAAGAUAAUUUUAAAAAGGAUAAUGUUAGAUCAUGAGGAGUAUCUUUUCCUGUUGAGGAAGAUUCCUCGGUUUCUGUGAUCUCUUCUUCCUCAGCAGUGUCAGUCUCGGUAUCAUUGUCAUUUGUGAUAUCUUGAUGUCUCAUCAUAAUCAAAAUUCGACAUUUGUUAAAUUAUUAAUUUUUAAGUAUUUUCUAGAUUCAAAUAACCUCGAUCAUCGUUGCCACAUACUUACAUGUAUGUAUUUAUGUGUUUAUAAAAAUUUCGAAUCGUGCAAAAAACUGAAGUUGGCUAUUUCACAAGUUUUCAUUCAGAACACAACGAAAUUUAUAUUAAUUAUUUUUGUAUAAAGUUUUCAAAAAUAAGAAAGAACAUUCAUUUUCAAGCACGAAAUAAUACGAAUAGUUGGUUCAUUAUUUAAACAUUUAGUAGGAAUUAUUUAUUAUACGAAGUUUCAUAUUCUGCCUACGAGAUUAAUCUUUAACCAAUAACAUUGAAUUUCAUAACGGACUCGUUUUCGCGCCAUUACCAAUGAUACGUGCAAUACAGAGACCUAUAUGCCUUUAGAUACUACAAAUAACAAUAAUAUUUAAAAUCUUUUCAAAAAGAAUCAUUGAGAAAAAACUAAUUUUUAUUUAAAUAGAAGUCAGUCGUCAUUAAAUUAUGCAGAAAUUUUUCAAAAAAUAAUAUAAUUAAAAUGACACAAAUUUUUUGGUUAUUACUAACUAUUAUCGAUAACGACAAUUGUAUUUGAUCAUAAAUGAUCACUAUUUGCAACGGAAAUUUUUUAUAAUUAUCGUUGACGAGAAUUAUGUUUUGGUUAUCCGUAACUAUUAUAGGUAACAGGAAUUUCGUUUUUAUUAGAAAUAAUCAACAAUGUGUCUACUAAAAAUAUAUGAUCAUUUCAAUGUACAAUAACAUUAUUUCUAUCUGUUAAUAUUUGCAUUUGAUUUUGAUCAAUCUGUAUAAAGAUAAAGAAUUUGUAUUAAUUGUGUAUUCAAUAAAAGUAAUUUUAUAACCGACAUUUUGAAAAAAUUACUUACGACAGACAAUUAAAAUUUCGUUAUCAGCAAAUCGAACUAUAAGUAUAAAUAAUAUAAAUAUUUUGUAUUUGUUGUAAAUUACAAUAAUGUACAGAAUUUAUUAAUCUCUUACUUUUGAUUUUAGAAUUUAGAAUAAUAGAUUAGAUAAAAAUUUCGAAUAAAUUUGAAAUUUAUUAAAAUAUCUUUUUUAUCAAAUUUGUGAUGAACAAAUGUAUCUUAAAAAGAAUAACCUUGAAUUUUGGAUACGACGUGUCUGCCCAUUUCAUGUUAUCCACGUGGUGUAGUUAUUAAAGUAUUAAAAUCUAUUUGAUAUAAUGUCUGGCUUGAAUAUAGAUGCCUUUAAUAAAAGAGCCACUGAAGCGGAAGAGCAAAUAGAAGUUUUGAAAAAAGAAAUUGAAUGUUUGCGUGAAAGUAUCACAAACCAAAAUGUUCAAAAAUGUGAUAUUUCGAAAGAAGAAUAUACGAAUUUGCAGCAAGAAAAUCUGAAAUUAAAAUAUAGAAUUAACAUACUUAAAAAGGCUAUUGAAACAAAAAGAUCUAAACCACAAACCCAAAUAAUGUCUGUUUUAACUGACACAUCUGUUAGUAAUGGCAUUAGUAUAUUGGAAAUAUUAUUUAAUUUAUUUCAAAAUGCUAUUGCUGCCGCUUACCCAAAUUUGGUAGAUCCACCAAUAGUUAUUGCAGUAUCAUCCAAUGCUAAAUUUGGAGAUUAUGAAUUUAGCAGUUCUAUGCAAAUUGUUAGAUUAUUAAAUACUAGUGGUAUUAAAACAAAUCCAAAAGAAGUUGCAAAUAAUAUUUUAGCAGAAGUGCAGUUAUCUCCACUUAUUGAAAAAUUAGAAAUUGCUGGUCCAGGUUAUAUAAAUGUAUUUUUAAAACGUGAAUUUGCACAACAAGUGUUGAAGACAAUUAUAAAGGCAGGAACAGUAUUUCCCCCAUAUAUGGAUAAGAAAAAAAUAGUUGUAGAUUUUUCAAGUCCUAAUAUUGCUAAAGAAAUGCAUGUUGGGCAUUUAAGAUCUACAAUUAUCGGUGACAGUAUUUGUAGAUUAUUAGAAUAUCUAGGUCAUAAUGUUUUAAGAAUAAAUCAUGUAGGUGAUUGGGGAACACAAUUUGGUAUGUUAAUAGCUCAUCUACAGGACAAAUUUCCAGAUUAUUUAACUGUAUCUCCACCAAUUGCUGACCUUCAGAAUUUUUACAAAGAAUCAAAAACAAGAUUUGAUGCAGAUGAAGAAUUUAAGAAACGUGCAUAUAAUUGUGUCGUUAAACUGCAGUCCUUCGAUACUGACAUAAGCAAAGCUUGGCGGUUAAUUUGUGAUAUAUCUAGAAAAGAGUUUGAAAAAUUAUAUGCUCGACUUGAUAUUAAGAUCAUAGAGAGAGGAGAAUCAUUUUACCAAAAGAAAAUGGAAGAAUUAGUAAGGGAAUUAGAAUCUCAAAACUUCUUAGAGGAAGACAUGGGUCGUAAAAUAUUAUGGGGAGAAGAUCAUAGUGGUAUACCUUUCACAAUCGUAAAAUCAGAUGGUGGUUUCACUUAUGAUACAUCAGACAUGGCUUGCAUCAAACAUCGUGUUCAAGAUGAAAAAGCAGAUUGGAUAAUAUAUGUAACAGAUUCAGGGCAAUCGGUACAUUUUCAAACAUUACUUAAAUGUGCAAAGAGAGUGGGUAUUCUUCCAUUAAAUGUUAGAGUAGAUCAUGUUGGAUUUGGUGUAGUUCUUGGAGAAGACAAAAAGAAAUUUAAAACACGAUCUGGUGAUACUGUUAAAUUAUUAGAUUUAUUAGAUGAAGGUGUAAAUAGAUCACUACAAAAACUUCAAGAGAAGGGACGUGACAAAGAACUUACAGAAGAAGAACUUAAAGCAGCUCAAGAAUCCAUUGCUUAUAGUUGCAUUAAAUAUGCAGAUUUAUGUCAUAAUAGAAAUCAUGAAUAUGUAUUUUCAUUUGACAAAAUGUUAGAUGAUAAGGGAAAUUCUGCAGUAUAUUUGCUUUAUGCACUUACCAGAAUUCGUUCAAUUGCUAGAAAUGCUAAUAUUUCUCAAAAACAGUUAAAGGAAGUUGUAGAAGAAAUUCCAAUAUCUCUAAACCAUGAAAAGGAAUGGAAGUUAGCUAAGGUUCUGCUAAAGUUUCCUGAUAUAUUACUUAAAAUAACUAAAGACUUGCACUUACAUCAACUUUGUGAAUAUUGCUAUGAUAUUUCUACUAGUUUUUCUGAAUUUUACGAUAAUUGUUACUGUGUCGUAAAAAAUCAAGCUGGUGAAAUAAUUGAAGUAAAUAUGAGUCGCAUAUUAUUGACAGAAGCGACUGCUAUUAUAAUGGAACAAUGCUUUUUCAUACUCGGUAUUAAACCCCUUACGCGUAUGUAAUAAACGAUGGUAUUAAAAAAUAAAAAAAAAAAAGCAUAUUUGUAUUUUUCAUAUAUAUCAAAUACAUAAAAUCAUUUAUUAUGCCAAUUUAUAAUAAUAAAAUAACAAUUGCUUUAA